AUGAAGAAGCCGUGUCGUUCUGACGAUCUUCGCGAGAAGUAUUUGGAGAGAAAUAACAAACAAAACAGCAUCCAAAGUACUUUUAUGCAUUCAGGACAUUAUCAAACUGCAUAUAACUGGGAGGAUGAAAAGAACAGGACGAAAGACUUUUACGAUGAUGGAACCUCCACGUUUUUCUGGAAUACUCAUACUGUGUUGUGCUUGUUCAUAUUUGCAUGUAUUCUCAUCUACGUUGCCUUGCUAGAAAAUGGCAAUUAUUCUUCCGAAUACAAUAUGAAACGUGGUAUUAGUGCGGUUAUCAUGGUAUUUGUCUUGUUUGGAGUUUUGCAUACACCAGAUGGCCCGUUUCUCCGACCACAUCCUGCAUUUUGGCGCUUUAUACUCUGUCUUAGCAUUUUAUAUGAGCUUAUACUAGUCUUCCUGUUAUUUCAAAGUGUAGACGAUGCUCGUCAGUGGUUACGUUACUUAGACUCAGAGCUUGGUAAACCUUUGGAAGAAAAGGAUUAUGGUGGGAAUUGCCGAAUAUACGAUUGGGAUAAACCAGACAAUCCAUGGCACAAUGUCAUCUCAAAAAUGGAUGGUUUCGUGACAGUUCAUUUUGUUGGCUGGUGGGCUAAAACAUUAAUCCUCCGAGAUUAUUGGAUAUGCAACGUCUUAAGUUUUGCUUUUGAAGUAUUAGAAUACUCAUUAGAGCAUCAGUUGCCAAAUUUCUCAGAAUGUUGGUGGGACCAUUGGGUCAUGGAUUUUCUAGGUUGCAACCUUCUCGGAAUUUGGUUAGGCAUGAAAACAAUCAAUUAUUUAAGCAUGAAACCGUAUCAUUGGCGAGGCAUGUGGAAUAUCCCCAGUUACAGAGGCAAACUUCGUAGAGUUAUGUUGCAGUUUACCCCUCGUCGAUGGACUGAUUUCGAUUGGCGUCCGACUGGAAGUCUAAAGAGAUGGUUAGGGACUUUGGUUCUUGCGAUUGCAAUACUUACAGCAGAAUUGAAUACUUUUUACUUGAAAUUCGUACUUUGGGUACCACCUCCUCACUUUUUGUGUCUUGGACGUCUAAUCUUUCUGACAUUGAUGGGAGCCACUGCUAUCCGUGAAUAUUUUGAAUACCUUGAUGAUCCUAAAUGCAAACGAUUUGGGAGACAAGCAUGGAUGAUUUCAAGCAUUAUUAUAACUGAAUUCUUGAUAGUAAUGAAGUUUGGUUGGGACAUAAUUACUAAACCAUUCCCCAGGCACAUAUCCAUCUUCUGGUCGUUGGUUUUAAUCGGUUUAGUAUCAUGGACUUUCUGGCACUUUUAUAUUGUACCUUGGUUGUUUCGAUCGAGUCGCGUAUCGAAAACUGGGAAACCAGUAGAAGAAACUAUUCAAAAUCAUCGCCCACAGAAGGUUGAAAGCCCUGUUGUUUAUAGACGUAAUGCUAGGUCAUCAGUAAAGUUGUUAAAUCAUUCAUAG